CACGCGCACGGAACCUCUGGCGCAGGCAGGAACCAGACAGACCUGUGUGACGGACUCGGGUGAUCAUCGCUGUGCCUGUCUCGCGCGCAGUGUUCUUUUUCCAAGCCAUUUAGAUCAGUUCCUGGACAAGGGUGUUUGGACAGCAUAACCACAGAAGAUGGCGGCGACGCGGUGCUUAAAACUGCAGAAAAGCCAGCUGCCUCUGUAUAAGAAUUCUUUGCAGCUGCUGGUCUUUCAAAGAGGUUUUGCAGAGAAAGGUGACAAGAACUGGUUCCGAUCUCUAUUUGUGCACAAAGUGGAGGCCAGGAAAGAUGCCCAUUCCAACCUCCUGUCUAAGAAAGAAACAAGCAACUUGUAUAAAAUUCAAUUUCACAAUGUGAAGCCGGAGUGUCUGGAAGCCUAUAACAGCCUGUCAGCGGAGGUGCAGACUCGACUCCACUGCGACAAGGACUAUCCCUGUGAAGUUAUAGGAAGUUGGAACACCUGGUACGGCGAGCAAGACCAGGCUGUGCACCUGUGGCGGUACUCAGGGGGCUACCCGGCCUUGACUGAAUGUCUCAAUAAACUCAAGCAGAAUAAGGAGUACCUGGAGUUCCGCCAAGAGCGGAGCAAAAUGCUGAUCUCGCGGCGGAACCAGCUGCUCCUGGAGUUCAGCUUCUGGAACGAGCCGGCGCCCCGGAGCGGACCCAACAUCUACGAGAUGCGCAGCUACAGGCUAAAGCCCGGGACAAUGAUUGAAUGGGGAAAUCACUGGGCCAGAGCUAUCAAGCAUCGGCAAGAAAACCGGGAGGCAGUCGGCGGCUUCUUCUCUCAGAUCGGGGACUUGUACGUCGUCCACCACUUGUGGGCCUAUAAGGACCUGCAGUCCAGGGAUGAAACCCGGAGCGCCGCCUGGCAGAAGGACGGCUGGGAUUCUGCCGUGUAUUACACCGUGCCUUUGAUCCGGAGCAUGGAGUCCAGAAUCAUGAUCCCCGCAAAGAACUCUCCUCUACAGUAAACUGCAGCAACCUGGACCUCCACUCUCACUCACUCACCAAAAAAAAAAAAAAUGUUAUGAGAUGUUAACACAAGGAACGGGAACUUGUACAGUCUGUCCCCCACCCCCCACCCCCCCCCCCCUCCCUCCACCCCACCCACGCUGUCAUAAACACGGUUGCCAAGGUGACCGACAUCAAGAGUUCAGAGGAAGGAUUGCGAGGGCCGCCUCCGAUAAAGCGCCCGGCGCUUUCUGCGCAGCCGGGAUUGGCUGCCGCUAUCUGGCCGCGCAGCCGAACGCGGGAGCGGUUCUGUCUGCGCCGGCCGAAACAGCGCGUACCGUGCGCGGGACAGACUGCGCCGUGCCCGUGUGCCUUAAGGGCGUCGUAAACCAGGGUCCCGCUCGGGCCCCCGCCCCGGGAGGGGGACUCCCAUCACCGUCCCCUCGCCCUCUUGAACUCGGAACUUAAUCGCCUGAAUCUG